AAAUAGCGUUGUUGGAGUGAAUUUGAAAAAGUGGUUAACUAAAAUAGAUAAUAUAAUAUUUAAAUACAUUUUGAAUAGUUAUUUUAGAUAGCAUUGUUGGAGAUGCUCUAAGAUCAUUAAUAUUUAUUGUGAUUAGCAAUGAAGAAUACCCAGAUAACGAUCAGUAGCGACCAGCGAUCCAGAGUGCCGACCAGCGAUCCAGAGUGCAGUCUAGCGAGUAGCAGCAACUCCAGUCUAGUGCAGCGGCGAUCCAUUGAGCAACAGAAGGAAAGGCAUUGGCAGGCUGUUAGUUUUGGUUUUGAAAGUGCUUUGCUUGGCUGCAAAAAAAAGAAUUUUCUCUUGUGCGAUGAAGAUAUUGAGGGACGAAAAUCUUCUAAAGCCAAAGAACUAGGGGCAAGCUGCUGGCCAUUUGUGUUCAACCAAGAGACCAGGACAUCUCAUUAG